GAUUGUUCCAGGUUCGCACUCCCAAUGGCCACCAGGGGGCGGCCUAUCCUCGCCCGGGGAGCGGGACGUUCUGGCCCUUUGCAAGGCGUGCAGGGCGCAAGCGGCGGGCCCGGGUCCCUUCCUCCCGCAUCUCCCCGGCUAACCAGCGGGAGCGGGCUCCCUCCUGCCUGCAUGCCCCGCAGCCCGAGCGGCUGCCGCGGCCCGUGGGUGACGGGAAACCGGGGACCCCCUGAAUGCAGCUGGAGGCGCCCAGGGAUCUGAGCAGGCGGUGUCUGCUGUGGCAGAGCCUGGGGCUGCCGAGGAGGCGGAAGGAAAAUGUCUGAAAGGGAGUCUGGCUCGCAGGUCCCAGUGUCAUUUGCCGAUGUCUCAGUCAGUUUCACCCGGGAGGAGUGGGAGAUCUUGGCAGAAUGGCAGAAGGAGCUGUACUGGGACGUGAUGAGAGAGAACUAUGAGAUACUGAUAUCGCUGGGUGGUGAUAUGCCAAAACCUGCCCUCCUGCUGCUGACAGAGGAAGGGGGAAAGCCCAGUGCGGAGGAUGCCUCUGCCAGGGUGGCCCUGGCCCCCGUGUCUAUAGUUGCUGAAUGCCUGAAUGCAAGUGGAAAGGUGAAACUGGAGGACAAUGAAGUUGAAAUCCAAAUCCCUGAGCAUCUCCCUUUGUCUGUGGAGGGGAGGCCCAUUUCUUGGGGCUCAGAGAGCAACGCUUCACCUUUGGGUGGUCAACUGCACACGGCCCCCCAGGUUGCUCUCGGCGACGUCGAUGGCAAAGCUCCCAAUGUCCUGACUAAGUGCAAGACGGAGCCCUCCAGGGAGGUGGAAGUUCCACCCGAGUGUCCUUCGCGGUGCGACGGCAGUUUGCGAUGGCAGCGUCAGGUCGACGGCACAGCCCCGCAGAAGGCUCGCUGCCUCGUGAAGGAAGAGAUUGAAGAAGAGGGCGGCUACGGAACGGGUUUCAGUGCUCAGCAGUCCCAGCGCUCCCCUGGAGAAGAGGCAGAGGCUCCUCCAUGCACCGAGUACAAUGAAAGCUACAGCCCAUGGCUGGGCGCCGCCGGCAGCCAGAGGACUGGUGUCGGUGCGGAUCUGUCCAGCGGCGGCCAAGACCAGCGUGUUGUCAUCUGCAAGACUGAGAUAAGGGAUGACCUCCAGGUUCACGUCAUGGAGGAGCCUUACCCGGGCGCGUCCCCGGCCGGCGACCAGCCGCGAGAUCAGUUCCUGCAGUGCUCCAGGUGCGCCAGAGACUUCCUGCGCCGCUCGGACCUGGUGAGGCACUGCCGAGCGCACAGCGGCGAGCGGCCGUACUGCUGCAACCGCUGCGGCAAGGGCUUCCGCCGGCGCUCGCACCUCAGCGACCACGUCCGCACGCACACCGGCGAGAAGCCCUUCCCUUGCCACCUCUGCCCCAAGAGCUUCAGCCGGCGCUCCACCCUCAAGAAGCACCAGGAGACCCACGCCAAGGAGCGCCCCAAGGAGCCAGCCUGGCAGAAUGACCCGCCGAAGCCGUGCCGGGCCCGCAAGGCGGACAAGGCCUACCCGAGCGGGAGGGGUCACGCGACCCAGCAGGAGAGGACGCACGCCGGGGGGAAGCCCUUCUCUUGCGGUGUCUGCGGCAAGAGCUUCAGCACGCGUUCCUACGCUGCCAAGCAUGAGCGUGCCCACCUGGAGGAGCGGCCCUACCCCUGCGCCCUGGGCCCUGAGAGCUUCGCCGGGCAGCGGGCCCCGGCCAGGCGCCAGCGGGCACCCGGCGGCGAGAAGCCCUUCCCCUGCGGCUUGUGCGGCCAGUGGUUCCGCCGGCGCUCGCACCUCAGCGACCACGCCCGCACGCACACCGGCGAGAAGCCCUUCCCUUGCCACCUGUGCCCCAAGAGCUUCAGCCGGCGCUCCACCCUCAACAAGCACCAGGAGACCCACGCGCGGCCAGGCCUGCACACCAGCCGGGACAGGGAGCCCGUCCACAAGCUGCCCCGCCGCAGCCACCCAGCCGCCAAGCCCUACCCCUGCCACAGGUGCCACAAGAGCUUCAGCACCCGGGCCUAUGCCCAGCGGCACGAGAGGGCUCACACCGGGGAGAGGCCGGGUCUGCCUGGCAUGGGCGACCGGAGCUUUCGCAGGCAGACUCGCACCGUCAAGCAUGAGUCCGGCCCCCGGGGAGAGGAGCCGUGUUGGCCCCACGGCCAAGGGAACGGGGUCGGGUCACAACCGCACGCCUUCAAGGAGGAGAGGCCAUUCCCAGGGGCCAGCGUCCUGGGGGGGGCGCCGGAGCAUCUGCCUGCUCCUGCCAAGGACAAGCUCUACCCCUGCGGCCUGUGCGAGAAAAGCUUCAGGUGGCCGUCGACCCUCAGCAAGCACCAGAGCAGCCACGCGGCCAAGAAGCUGCACCCCUGCCCGCUGUGCCCCCAGAGCUUCAGGAGCCCGCUGGCCUUGAAGAGGCACCAGCCGAGCCACACGGAGGAGAAGCCCUUCUCCUGCAGCCUGUGCCACAAGCAAUUCCGCCGGCGCUCCUACCUCAGCGUCCACCGGCGAGUGCACCUGGAGAACGGCCCCUACCAGUGUGCCCUGUGCGAGAAACACUUCAUCUUCAAGUGCGACUUCGUCAAGCAUUACGGCUUCCACACGGGCGAGCGGCCCUACCCCUGCAGCCGCUGCGCCCGCAGCUUCCGCAAGCAGUCGCACCUCACCGAGCACCUCCGCAUCCACACCGGCGAGAAGCCUUUCUCCUGCAAACUGUGCGACAAGCGUUUCGGCCGCCGCUCCACGCUGACCAAGCACCAGCAGAUCCACGGCCGGCGCGCGCCCCUCCGCUGCACCGACUGCCGGAAAACCUUCGCCGUGGAGUCGGUGUUUCUCGUGCACCAGAAAAUGCACGGCAGGACGGCCGCUCCCAGCGUGUGACUCUGUUUCCAGAAACACGGCACACCUGCAUGGGCCACAACAUCUGGGCAGCCGAUGAUCUGUAGCCAGCUGCUGCAUGGGCCAGCGAGUCACUCCAAAGGUCAGCUUUGCUGACUGCCAAAGUGGAGAAGGGGUCUAGUCAAUUGCCAGGUGCCUCCCCCUUAAAAACGGCACUAGGGUUAUUUUCAUGACUGCAGUGGACAAAGGAUCCGCAUGGAAAACUUUGCUUGGAUCAUACAGCGGGCUGGAGGAUAUGCAAGACAUAAGAGAAAUUAUUGAAAUAUGAGCUAUUCGUUAUGCCUCUGGGCGAGUCCCCAGCAGUGGGGAUUGAACCUGGGAUAUCUAGAUAUCAACACAUGAGCCUCUCUCCUGCUUGGGCUAAAAGACUCAGCUGUUUAAAGCUAAGAACAUAAGAACAGCCCUGCUGGGUCAGACCAAUGGUCCAUCUAGCCCAGUGUCCCGUCUUCCGACAGUGGCCAAUGCCAGGUGCCCCAGAGGGAAUGAACAGAACAGGGAAUCACCAAGUGAACCAUCCCCUGUCGCCCAUUCCCAGCUUCUGGCAAACAGAGGCUAGGGACACUCAGAGCCUGGAGCUGCAUCCCUGACUAUCUGGGCUAAUAGCCAUUAAUGGACUUAUCCUCCAUCAACUUACCUAGUUCUUUUUUUUAAUCCUGUUACAAGUUUGGGCUUCACAACAGCCUCGGGAAAAGAGCUCCCCAGGUUGGCUGUGCGUUGUCCUGAUGUUUGUUUUAAACCUGCUGCCUAUUAAUUUCAUUGGGUGACCCCUGGUUCUUGUGUUACGGAAAGGAGUAAAUAACACUUCCUUAUUCACUUUCUCCCCACCUGUCAGGAUUUUAUAGAUAUCUAUCAUAUGCCCUCUUAGUCAUCUCCUUUCCAAACUGAAAAGUCCCUGUCUUUUUAAUCUCUCCUUAUAUGGAAGCUGUUCCAGACCCCUAAUCAGUUUUGUUGCCCUUCUCUGUAUCUUUUCCAAUUCUAAUCCAUCGUUUUUGAGAUGAGGUGACCAGAUCUGCACACAAUAUUCAAGGUGUGAGCGUACCAUGGAUUUACAUAGAGGCUGUUUGAUAUUUUCUCUUGUUAUCUCUUCCUUUCCUAUUGCCACUCUGUUCAUUUUUCUGAGUGCCGCUGCUCAUUGAGCAGAGGUUUUCAGAGAACUAUCCAUGAUGACUCCAAGAUCUUUCUUCAUACAUCAUUUUUUAUGUCAGUUGGGAUUAUGUUUUCCCAUGUGUAUUACUUUGCAUUUUAUCAGCAUUAAAUUUCAUCUGCCAUUUUGUUGCUCAGUCACCCAGUUUUGAGAUCCCUCUGUAACUCUUCGCAAACUGCUUUGGACUUAACUAUCUCGAGUAAUUUUGUAUUGUUUGCAAAUUUUGUCACCUCACUGUUUACCUCUUUUUCCAGAUCACUUAUGAAUAUGUCAGACAGCCCUGGUCCCACUACAGACCCCUGCGGGUCACCACUAUUUUCCUCUCGCCAUUGUGAAAACCAACCAUUUAUACCUACCCUUUGGUUUCUGUCUUUUAACCAGUUACUGAUCCAUGAGAGGCCCUUCCCUCUUAUUCCAUGACUGCUUACGAGUCUUUGGUAAGGGCCUUGUCAAAAGCUUUCUGAAAAUCUAAGUACGCAAUAUCCAAUGGAUUACCCUUGUCCACAUGUUUGGUGACCCUGCUCAAAGAAUUCCAGUAGAUUGGUGAGGCGUGAGCUCCCUUUACAAAAGCAAUUUUGACUCUUCCCCAACAAACUGUGUUCACCUAUGUGUCUGAUAGUUUCAACCAAUUUGCCUGGUACUGAAGUCAGGCUUACUGGCCUGUAAUUUCCGGGAUCACCUCGGGAGCUUUUUAAAAAAAUUGUUGAAACGUCCCCACGUACAGCCGCGUGAAGAAUACAGGCACUUUGCCUGUCGCUGCACGCCACAGUGAAAGGCGCUGGUAGGGGGCGGCGACGGGACACUACACUGUUAAAAGUAGCAGUGUAGACGCGGGGGGCGCUGCUUGGGCGUGCAGAGAGCUGUGUCGGGUGAAUAUGCCCUAGAGAUCAGGUGCACAGGGCAUGCUACUCGCCUAAACCGUGUCUUGCCGUCUACACUGCUGGUUAUGCCUGUGCUAGGGGGGUUGCAGCAUUUGGACUCUACCUGCUGCCAAAAGCAUAGAAGAAGCCUUAGCCAACGCUGUGGCAGGCUCAUCAACCGCUAUCUGUGGCCUAGCCACCGCUAGAGGGGGACAGAGCACCGCCGUGAGUGGUCGCCGCUUACAUAUUAAAGAGUGUUUUCUCACCUGGGGCUGAGACUCCAUCAGCUCUCAUGUGCUAAGCUUGGUCACGCCAGGUCAGUACUUGGACGGGGGACCGGCUGCUGAAGGCAGGAUGGGAAUUCGAAAGGUGACUCUUCCACGUGAGUUGGUGCUGAACCCAGGGCCCAGCAUGGUGCGAAGGGACACAGUGCUUCUGGAGGUGCUGACGUUUGGACGAGACGUAAGACUGGGGUCCACCACUUGUCCUCAUUAAAGAUCUCCUGAAGUGCGUCCAGAGUGCUAUCCCGGCCCCAUCCCAUCUCUGGUAUCAGCAUUCAGCCAACUUGGAAAUCUGUCCCCACACUUUCAGUCGGAUGGGAUAUUCUUCCUGCUGUGCCGUGUUACUGCGUGUAGUUAAACCGUUGCCAUGUUCAACCCCAGAGGCAGCUGCAUAUCAGUGAUAGAGUCAAGGGGUAAUUUCCAGUGUAUAUAGUUGAAGACUGCAAAGAACGAGAUGUGCAAGAUAUUACCACUAAUAUCUAGCUCAGGCCUCCCAUAAGAGACAUGUGCCCACAGGGUGGGGGAAAGAGUUCUUGUAAACGUAGCCUGGUAUCGGAGCACAGUCGACUGGGUAGUCCUGGUGGUGCACAGGUGUGUGGAAUGCAGCAUCCAGCCUCCGCAAUACAGACCUCCUCUUGCUUCCGGCUCGGCCUCCUACUUAAAAGACUGAUGGUUUUUACUGUAGGUAACAAGGGUGAGAGCCAAUUGCACUGAUUAGUCAGUAACGAUUCCAGUUCUAUCACCGUAACCCGAUGCUCAAUUUCUUGCACUCAAUGGCUUAGCUGUAAAUGGACAAUAAAAAGGUUUAUUACAA